AUGAUCACCACCACAUCAAUACGAGAAACUACAGUCGAAACUGUAAAUCCGUUUCAGGAAAUGACUACACUCGAACCCCCGCAAGAGCAAGAGCCACCUGUUUCGGCAAGACUAUUUCAUGUUGUCUCAUCAAACAAACUUGGGAUUUCUGCUAUUAUUUCCGGUUUUCUAUGCAACUUUAUGGUAUUCGGAAUUGCUUUUUCUUAUGGUGUCUUUCAAGAGUUUUAUGGUAGCCCAUCGGGUCCGCUUUCACUGUACUCGGAUGCUAAAAUUGCUCUUAUAGGUACCGUUAGUACGUCAUUGACAUACAUAUGUGGCAUAUUCAACAAAACGCUUAUGUAUUAUCUAGGUCCAUGGAAAGUCAUGUUACUCGGAUGUGUUUUGAUGAGCCUUGGUAUAAUUGUCACUGGGUUUUGCUCUAAUUAUUAUCAAUUUAUUUUAUGCUCAGUUGUACAAGGAAUUGGUGGGGGGAUAUUGUAUCUCCCCCCAGUUGUAUGUGGGCCUGUAUACUUCGACAGACAUAGAAGUUUAGCUAGUGGAGUGUUAUUCUCGGGGACUGGAAUUGGUGCUUUCGCAUUAGCAAAUUUUACAAGAUAUUUGAUCAAAAAAGUCGGAUGGCAAUGGGGAGUUAGAAUAUUGGGAUUUAUGAACCUUGGUGUCACCGGUUUAGCUAGCUUUAUGGUGUUUGAACCAAGAUUGCCUAAUUUCAGAAGCACCAACUCUAUUUUAAACUUUAGUCAGUUGAAGUCGCUCAAAGUUAUUCUACAAUUGUUCGGAUCGUUGUUGCAAUCAGCUGGAUAUCUAAUGCCACUUAUAUUCAUGUCCAAGUAUGCCGUCUCAUUAGGCUAUUCAAGCUCUCAAGGUGCCUUCUUUAUUGGAUUGAGUAAUUUGAUCAACGCUGCAUCAAAGGUGGUUACAGGAAUAAUUGCAGAUGUUGUGGGGAGGAUGAAUACUUUGAUGAUUUGCAGCAUCGUCUCAGCAGCACUCAUAUUUUCACUUUGGCUACCAGCAGCGAAGGAUACCUUCAUAAGCUUGGUUGUGCUAUAUGGUAUCUUUUCUGGGGCGAUUAUUUCUUUAUUACCACCUUGUUUGAUUGAAAUUUUUGGUAUCGGAUCAUAUACCCAAAUAAGUGGUAUAAUGUAUUGUGCUAGAGGUGUUGGUGUAAUUAUUGGUUCACCAAUUGGUGCUUUGUUAAUCAGUGGUAAUGGCCUACACCCUAAAGACUAUACAAAUACAGCCGUAUACGACGGUAUUUUACUAAGUGCAUCAGCUAUAUGCCUAGGAUAUCUUUGGGUCUUGGCUUUCAAAGAUAAAAAACCUAAGAAUUGGAAAUUAUAG